GGUUCGGGAUGAAGCAGACAGAAGUCGGAGGGGGCCGCGUGGGGGGCAUCCUCCUCCAAGGUCCCGGGACGCAUUCGAGCCUCCCAGCCAGCCCUGGAAACUUCAGCAGCAGGACCUUGGUGCCUGCCAAGAUCUGGCGUCAGGCCUGCGCUGCCCUGCAGUCCUGUCCCGAAGACUCGCCCUUCAUCCCCUCCCCCCAGAGGACCCACUGCUACCGAGGAGCCCUCAAACUCAUGAGCGGCAACUUGUCCCUGCCCCUGGCUGUCUGGGGCUGCGCUUCAUGGGCCAGCUGCAGUCUGCUGGGUGGCCUCUGGACUCCUGGGCCCAUUGCCUUGAGGGAGACUUGUGAGGAUGAGGGAGAAAUGAGGGAUGUGUGGGACCGCUGGACCGGAAGAGAUGGUGCAGUUUUUGCCAGACCCAGGACUGGCCUGGAAGGAACAAGAUGCCUCUGCCUCCUGGCGUCCCCAGUGGCCAUCCUUGCUGCCAUCUCCACCUCAAAGCCCAGCUUCCAAGAUAAGCCUUUCCCAGUCCCCCACAAUGCUGGAGCCUCCCCUCUGGGGUUAUCCGCUAGUUUAAUUACUGUAGUCACAAAUCAUUCCCUGCUUUGGCCAACUUGGGCAAAGACCUUCUCCAAACCUAGGUGAGCUGGUCCUUGGAUGACACACAUGGUCCGCUCCACUCACCGGCCCAUUCUUGACUUUCUAGCUGGGUGUAGGACUUAGCAGAGACAAGCUCAGAUGAAUGGCCAUCCCUCUGAUUUUAUUAUAGAC